AUGAGAUACAUCUUCGCUCUUCCCCUUCUGGCUGUCUCAGCCCUGGCCAUGCCCACCGUUGACGGGCACAAGGAAGACUCAGGCGGCGAACCCUCCGAGGAGACUGUCUGCGAGAGCCACCAAACAGUUGUCUGCAGCGAUAACGGAAACGGUGGUCUCCUGUCCCUGGGUAACCUCCUCGCCGGUCUUCUCGGCGAGAGCUGCUCUGGUGGUGACGUCUACUGCUGCUCACAGAAGGACGUGGAGCAGAACGGUCUGAUCAACAUCGAUCUCAACCUGCAGUGCAGCUUGAACCACCUUCUCUAA